UUUCAUCUGUUGUUUAAUUAAACGUAAGGAUAAUAAUAUACAGACCUUUGUUAAUUAUUAUUAAAAUGGCUCAAAAACGGGCAGAACUAAAAGUAUAUUGGAAUAAGAUAACCUACGCAUAUCCCAUUCUCAACGACACAUUAUUUACCGACUGCACAAACGCCGAAUAUGAUGAGGUUCAGCAAAUCAUUGUUGGUUUGGGCAUUCCUGCUAGAAUAAGAGAUUUGGUAUUGUUGCAUACAGAGAAGUAUGUGCGCCAACACAUAACACCAUCCUUCUGGUCGAAGUUUACUGUCGUCGAGGAGGAGGUGAAAGGAUUCCAACUCUUCAAGUCCGCUGUGAACGACCUGUACGAGUCUGUCUCGAAUUUUAUGCCGAUGCUGCGGCGACUGGCCAUCCUGAACAAUAGUUGUUGUGAUAAUAAACCUAUAUUUGGAGAGAAAGAUGUAAUUUUAGGCUUCAAGCAGCUUAUUCGGGCUACACUGUUGUCUCAACUGCCUCUGGAUUUCCAGGUGAUCAUAAAUCAUUUUUAUAAAAUGUCAUUUAAUGUUUUUGAUAAUGAAAAUGAGAGUUCUGACAUGAGUGAAGAUGUCACAUGUGCGGGAUGUUCAAAUGAAUAUUCAGAAUGCAAUUGUGCUUAUAUUGUAAAAGUAUUUCAUGACACCAACAGGAAAUUGAUGGAGUUGCAGUUGUUAGAAAGACUGACAGGGCAGGUGCUUACAAGCUUUAUUCAGCUGCGAAUAGACUCUCACAUUCAGAAACUUUGCACUGGCACUGAUGUUUCACAUAUAAGUGCAUUGGAGAAUUGGCUCGAGACUACUGUGAUGUCCUGGCUCACAAGGAUAUACUGUGCUGGAUCUUCCAAGCCUCCUCCAGAUGACAAAAAUAUACAGAAUGCAAUCCUGAAGUUUAAACAGAAGUUAAGCUACUACUUGUACCACAGUUAUACUAAAUUAAGAAUAGACCAACUGUUUAACAUCAUUAUUAUUGAUUAUCCGGACUCCCAGCCUGCAAUAGAUGACAUUAAACUGUGUUUAAAUAAGACAGACUUGAGGGCAACUUUAUAUAAGAAACUCCAAAGUGCAUUAGAAACUAGGCUGUUGCAUCCCGGUGUGAAUACUCCAGAUAUCCUCACAGCCUAUGUGUCUACUAUUAGAGCUUUGCAGCACCUUGAUCCAUCUGGGGUUAUCCUAGAGACUGUCACCAAACCUGUGAAGAAUUAUCUGCGGAACCGGGAGGACACAGUGAGGAGUGUAGUCAGCAGUCUUACAGAGGAGGGAGCUGGCAGCGAACUGGCAGAGGAGUUGGCCAAAUUUGCAACAGAUGCUGAUGGGGAUCACGAAAAAGAAGAAGCCUGGGAUGAAUGGAACCCUGAUCCGGUGGAUGCUGAUCCUAAAAUUAAUGCCAAUGACAGGAAAGCAAGUGACAUCAUAUCCAUGCUGGUCAAUGUGUAUGGUAGCAAGGAAUUGUUUGUUAAUGAAUAUAGAACACUCCUGGCAGACAGGCUGUUGGCUCAAAAUGUCAUAAACACAGAAAAGGAAAUAAGAUACUUAGAAUUACUCAAAUUAAGAUUUGGGGAGUCACAAUUGCAUUUCUGUGAAGUGAUGCUAAAGGACAUAUCAGAUUCAAAAAGGAUUAAUGCAUUGAUACAACAACACAGUAAUUUUAAGGCACUUAAUGAGAAAUUUACUUCGAAUGCUAUGAUUCUGUCCGCUCAAUUCUGGCCACCUUUUAAGGAUGAAAACUUGGAACUGCCUGACGAGAUCAAAAAACAUUUUGAAGCGUAUACUAAGACGUUUGAAGAAUUAAAGGGAAGUAGGACAUUGAGUUGGAAGCCACACCUUGGAAAUGUAAAUAUAGAGAUUGAAAUUGGAGGAGAGAAAACUGACUUGAUAGUUUCUCCAUUUAAUGCCACUCUCAUAAUGCACUUCCAAAAUAAGCCUGAAUGGUCAUUAGAAGAGUUGCAUCAGGUCAUGAAAGUGCCAAUUACUGUCCUAAGGAGAAAAAUAACGUAUUGGCAGUCUUUGGGAUUUAUUACUGAGAAAAGUACUGACUUUUAUGUGUUAGUAGACAGCUCAGAUGCUAAGAAAUCUCAAGUGUCAGCCAACCAAGUACAAGAGAUGAUCUGUGAGGAUGAUGAGACGGAGAGUGUUAUGGCAUCUGCUCAUGAUCAGCGGGAAGGGGAGCUUCAAGUGUUCUGGUCCUACAUUGUAGGCAUGUUGACCAACUUGGAUUCUCUGCCUUUAGACAGAAUUCAUCAGAUGCUGAAAAUGUUUGCAUCUCAAGCUCCAGGCACCGAGUGCAGUCUGCAGGAGCUCCGACAAUUCCUGGACACUAAAGUCAGAACUCACCAGUUGGUGCUGCAAGGUGGCAUGUACAAAUUACCAAAAACGUAAUUAAAGCACUAUUUUAUAUUUAUA